AAAAAUUAAUUUAGACUCUAAAAUGGACAAAGCAAACGGGUUAAAAAUUGAAAAACCCAAAAAGCACUGUGAAAUCAGUGAGAGAGCAGCUAACUCAGAAAGUUUCCCUAAAGCAGAAAUACAAGCGGUUGAACCUGGAUUCGAAAAACUGCGUAGAAACCAAAUCGGAAGAUGAAGCGAAAGAAAAAACAAAGAAAAAUGCAAAGCUGAUAAACAUUUUGAACGUCCAGACUUUUAGCUUCCUCUGUAGUUUAAGAAUACUGGUACCUUAAACGCGUUGAUUCGCAAAAAGCACCUAAAAUUGAGAAUUUACUGGCAGAACCCAUUAUGGAAAAUUCUGCAAAAGAGCCUUUGCAAAGCAAUGCAAUUACAGGUGUGAACGACAACUUGUCAACAUCAGUAGUUUCCAACCGCAUAAUUGUAAAGGCAAUGGUACAUAAUAAUGCUAAUGGAGAGAAAGAAGCAGCAAUAAUAUCAAGUACACCAAUCGAGAAGUCCAUACAUAAUUGUGAAACUUAUAUCGCUGCCAGAUGUGAACCUAAUGAUUUAUCUCCAGAUAAAUGCGACAUUUAUUUGCUAAAUAAAUCGGAAUCGUCAACUCCCGAAGUCAGUACAAGUUAUUCAGACCAUUACGAUUGGCCUGAGAUAAAUGUUGAAGAUACAAAACGGGAAAAAAUCCGUAUUAUUCGGAAUAUUGCGCUAAAAAGCAAGUCACCCAAAAAUUGUAUUACUCAACCCCAGAAAAGGAUGAGACUUGAUGACGAAAUUUUCCCACCAUUUGAUGAAAUCAUUCUAUCUCCUCCCAAAGAAUUCCAGGAUGCGGAAUGCUCUGUUCAUGUUAAAGAUGUUGGUUUUUCAUUAAUAAAGCAAAUUCUCGAUUUAAUCGACAAUAAUCAGUUCGACACGUUAACAAAAAUUGAAACGUUUGUUGCCGCUCUCAAAUAGAAUUUUGAAAGAAAAUAAUGCUAUUUAAGUACAUAGGUUUAAUCGUUGUAGUUAAUGUUCAAAGUUGCUUAUUUUUAAGUUACAGUUAAAUCUAUUUUUACCCAUAUUUAUAAUAGAAAUACUAUAGAAAAUUAUUAUAAAUGUUUAAAAGUAGCUAGCUGUUUGAAAAAAUAAAUGAUGUUUUAUUGA